CCUUAAUACCCACGUGAUCACAAAAUGGCGGAUUGUCCAAACACAAAUCCGUUCCUCGAUGACGAUAGUAUUUCAGAAGAACAUACCGUAACACAGACUUCAAAAUCUGAGGAAACUACGGAAAUGACAUUAGAUUCGCUAGCAUCUAGACUUCUCAAAGAAAAUUUACUGUUAACUGCCCUAGAACUACAUACGGAGUUGACCGAGCUGGGAAGGGAAGUCCCACGUCUCCGGGAUUAUUUUUCAAAUCCAGGAAACUUCGAAAGAACCAAAGAGGACCUAACUUCUCCUACAUUGCAGAGAGCUUCCAGCAUACAGACCUUUGAUUCACUAGAUUUUGCCCGAUAUUCUGAUGAUGGUGGGGGGCAAGUAGAUGAAAGAGUUGCAGUUCUAGAAUUUGAGUUAAGAAAAGCUCAGGACACAAUCAAAUCACUACGAGCUAGUUUAACAAAAGAAGCAGAAACCGAUUUAGUUCCAGCUGAGCAAGUAAAUGAAGACAAUAUAACACCAAACAAGGAUGAUCCAAUCAAACCACUGGAAAGAAAGGCAUUAAACUUCCUGGUGAAUGAGUACCUGUUACAGAACAAUUAUAAACUGACAUCAGUUACAUUCUCAGAGGAGAAUGAAGAACAGGAUUUUGAAGAUUGGGAUGAUGUGGGACUGAACAUUGCUCGACCUCCAGACUUACUACAUUUGUAUAAAGAUUUUGGUAGCCAUACAGCACCUUUGGUAGAAACUUGUAGUGUUGGAUGUAUGGUAUGUUUUGAAGAUGAAAGGAUUGCUGCUAUACAGGAACAACACAAACUUCUGUGUCAGGAAAUGGAAAUAAGAAUCUCGCAGUUAGAAAUAGAAUUAGAUUGUUGUAAAAUAGAGAAAGAUCAACUAAUGUUACAGUUAGAAGAUUAUAAAAGCAAUACAUAUAACAAUGAUAAAGUGAUACACUCCACUCCAUCCAAGCCAUUAGAUUCUAUCAAAAAAUCUGACAAUUUAGACCGUGUGUCGUUAAACUUAUCUGAAAAUAGUGUUGACAUUGUUGAAAAUGGAAUGUUCUCUAUAAGAGAAAUGGGAGAUGGUUCAGAAACUUUGUCUGUCAAUCAAAUAACAUGUGACUCUGUAUCUGAGUCAUCAGAGACCAAUCAAAAUGAAGAUAGAAAUACAAAUGAGAAUACUAGUGAAAUGGACCAAAACAUAGAACUGACAAUUGAAACAAGAGAGGGAACACAAUCACAAAAGGAGAAACCACCUGAUAAAGGGCAACAUCAUGAAAAAAAUCUAUCAAGAAAAACAUCAGUAGCAUUCCAGAGAGCUUUACGAGAUGUGUGUUUCCAUGUUUCCAAAGAUAAUAGGUUGAUAAAUGAGGUGUCUCAGAUAGUGGGAUCAGAUACUGAUACUGUAGUGUUAAUGUUAAGUCGAUGUCUGCCACACAUUGUACCUAAUGUUUUGUUGGCUAAACGUGAGGAGUUAAUUCCCCUGAUUAUAUGCACAGCAAUGUUACAUCCAAACAGUAAAGACAGGGAUCGGCUACUGAAUAUUUUGUUUAAUCUAAUCAAAAAACCAGAUGAAGAACAAAGGAACAUGAUAUUGACUGGUAUUGUGGCUUUUGCUCAACAUGUUGGUCAACAGAGGCUGGAGGAAGAAUUAUUACCUCAAUGCUGGGAACAGAUCAACCAUAAAUAUCCAGAGAGAAGAAUUUUAGUAGCUGAAGCAUGUGGGGCAUUAUCUCCAUACAUCCCAAAUGAAUUACUCAGCUCAUUAGUGUUAUCCAUGUUACAACAAAUGUUGAUGGAUGACAAAGAUGAUGAUGUUCGAGAAGCUGUGAUACGUAGUCUAGGGCUUAUUGUAGGAUUUAUUCAAAAUCCUGAUAAAUAUACCCAGGGUUAUGAGUUAUUAAAAAUGGCAUUAAAAGACACCUCAGAGAAGGUUGUGAUAGCAACGCAGCAUGUUUUUCUGCCGUCGUUUGCUAUGUGGGCAUGUGAUCUGGAUAAAUUACAACAUAAUCUUAUACAUAGUAUUCUGAGAGAUCUGGAAGAUAUGUGUGCAGCCGGGGCUAAAAGAGCAUCUACUAGUCAGACCAUACCAUUAAAUGAGGGCAGAUUCUUGUUGUUAUUGUCUUCAUUGAAGGAACUUGUGACAUUCCUUUAUAUAUCUGUGAUAUCAUCAGGGCCAUACCUAGAUAAAGAUAUAGACUGUGAUAUUCCUCAGUUAGAUGAAUUUCAGUUUCCUAAAUCCAGUUCUCCUUUAACAGAUCUGAACGUAAUAAUAGGUGACAGUGAAGACUUAUCUUUCCUGGUUCACCGAUUUCAGAAUCAUCUAUCUCAAGAAUGGUUUGAACCAUGGGAUAGCUUUAAUUGGGUUGUAAAUAAUUUUAUUCCACGUUUAUUAGAAGUUGUAAUGGGAUCAGGAUUAUCUAUGCCAAAGGUCAUAAGCCAGUUGUGUUCAUGUUUUCUCACUAUAUCUCGGACGUUUGGGAAAGUUUUUGUAGAGAAAAAGGUUAGACCAAAGUUUAUAGAGUUACUCAUACAGAAUGACGAUGAAGAUGUGAAUUCUUAUAUGAGGAGCAAACAGACAGCAGUAACUACCAGUAUAGUACCAGUUUAUGCAAGUGGAGUGUUAACUGCAUUUAGUUCAGAAGAAGACAAACAGCAACUAUGUCAAUUUUUACAAGAAAUUCUGUGUACAUUAUCAUUAUACCAAGCUCCUUUAGAGAGCCUCAAAUCAGCCAUAUCUGUUUUAAGUUGUGAUUCUGCAAACCAUGAUCUCUUGUUAACAGUUCUGUGGGACGGAGUUGUUCACACAUCUGCUCAAGUCAGGGCAUCAGCGGCAAGGUUGUUUGAGUUACUGGUCAAAGGUGUAAAUGAAAGUCUAGUCUCAUCAAGAGUGUUUCCUGCCUUAGUUACACUUGGUAACGACCCAGAAAUAUUGGUCAGAACAUCAACCAUUCCGGCACUUGGUGCAAUAAUAGAGAAUGUUACUGUAAGAGAGAUGUUAGACAGAGCUUAUAUGCAAUUUUUAACCUUCAUGGAUGACUCUGCAUACCGGGACGAACAUAAGGUUCACAUUGAACUAAUCCAUACACUAGCCAGAGUGGGACCUAACACAGAACCAAAGUUUAGGGAGGAAUUUAUUUUACCAAGAUUGGCAGCUAUGGCUUCCGCUAACAACCACAUGACAGAGGAAAAGAAGAAAAGAGAGAUAGCAUUAGAAUUAUUUGAAGCCUACAGUUCUAUGUCAUGUUGUGUAAUGAAUGACCAGUUGGUACGAGAGACGAUGUUACCAGGGUUACGUUGUUUACAACACGACAUGGUACAGAUAGCUCCAGAACAUGAGGAAGUCAUCCAAUCAAUGAUCAGAGAUUAUGAGACCAAAAUGGAACUCUCCAGAUCUGACAGAAGUUCAAGUUUUGGACAAUCUACCACUGGAUCUGAUGAUGUGAAAUCUCGUAUGAUGAGCCGAUUAAAGGACACUGCAAACUUAUCAAAUAUAUUUACAAGGAAAAAGUAAAAAACCAAAAUACCCAAGUCCCAAUAUUAAUCUAUGAGGCACACUUGGAAGCACUUUAAAUGGAAUGUAGAUCUCCCAACUGGAAAUUUAAACAGUCUGGAAUUGUUAGGUGUCUUUACGACAGCAGUUGUGUGGCAGGGGCAUUUGUUAUCAUUGAAUGUCUUUCAGAAGAGUAGAAUGAGCAAUAUACAAACAGACAAUAUUUAUUUAUAUGCUUUGUUAAAGAUAUGCUUUUGAUAUAAAAUGUGAUAAAUAUUACAAGAGAAGGGAGGUAAUCCAAGCAGAUUGAUUAUUUUUGUUUUGAUAGUAUUUAUUUUUUUGGAUAGUAAUUAUAAAUUGUUGUUCACAAUUUUUUUUAUGACAGUGAUACAGAUAUUGAUGUUUAAUCAUGACCAAAAUAGGCAUUUAAGGCGUUUAGUGAUGCAAAUUGAUUCUGGUUUUUUUUCUCCAUUCAGUAAGCCUUGAUAAAACCUUUUAAAGUGAGCAUUCUUGUUGGGGCCAGAUAAACCAAAUUAAGAACAAGUAUGAUAUACAUUUUAUUUUUCAUUUUUGGUUCUAAAGUUAUAAUCCUUGAUAAUACAGAAAGUAAUAACAUUUAGUGGAGCUAUAAAACUUUAUUAUUUUCUAAAGGUAUGAGAAAAAUUGAAAAAUUAAACAUAGGUUACUGUGCUUGUUUUCAAGUAUAAGACUAAAAAAUACAACUAUGCAAUGUCAUUUUAAUGAUUUAGAUUGAAAUUAAAUAUUUUGAUUAAUGUAAGAAGGGAUUAGCCUUUGUUUACAAGUGCUUCAUUUCUUUUCCUCUUAUGCAUACAUUAUGCCCUUACAACAAGAUACAUACAUUUUGCUUAUAAUAUUGUUUAUUAUUUCUAAUUCAUUCCAUUGUUUACUGAACCAAGCAUGUAGUUAAUGGCUUUUUUAAUUUAUACUAGAUUUAUACAUAUCUGUUGACUCUACAACUAAUAAACUGUGAUCAAAUUGA